GUAAUGAAACAAGCGAUGAUGUAAUUGGCAAGGAAAGCCACGAAGAAGAAGCACUUGUACCGGAAGUAAGAGAAGCGGGAGAUUGGAAAACGUAAACAAACUUUUUGUUGGUGUGAACUUUUGUUUCACUGAACAUUUGAAAAAAUGCUGAACAAGGCAGCAAAACUGAAAUAUACUAUUAAAACGAAAGCGAAGAAUAACAUAAAUGUGAGGCCGGCGUCUGAAGCGAUGAUUGAACUGCUGACAUUGUUGUUUCUGAGCAGUCUGGCAGAGGAGGCGAAGGCCAAAGCUUUUGAAGAGAAAUCUGCAACGAUCAGAGCUCAGCAUGUGAGAGCAGUCUCCAAGAAAGUCCUGAAAAAAGCAAGAGGAUGAAGACGGUGAACUGCAUCAUUGUAAUUUUAAUGAACAUCAUUGUGAAUGAUAGCAGCAAUAGAUUUGCUUUUUUAUGAUAUAUAUUUUAUUUUAUUCUGACAUUUUUUUGUUCUAUUCCUUGUGCAAGCAAAUUUCCUGUAUCUCUUUUCCUUUCAUCAGAGUUUUCUUGUUCUUUAUUAAAUUCCUGUGAAUCUUA